AGCAUCUCAACUCCUCACAUUCUCAAGUAAUAGAGUUUUCUUUUGCAAAACUUUUAGAGCUCUUUCUUUGCUUACACUUUCUUCCUUCUUCUACCUUUAGAGACUUAAACAAUCAUGGGUUUCCGUUUUCCUGGUGUAGUUCAUGCUAAGCAACUUAUUCAGAGGUCUUUUUCUAGUGCAAGAGAUGUUCCAAAAGGCUAUUUGGCAGUUUAUGUUGGGGAGAACAAAAUGACAAGAUUUGUGAUCCCAGUAUCAUACUUGAACCAUCCUUCAUUCCAAGAAUUGCUAUGUCAGGCUGAAGAAGAAUUCGGAUUUGAUCAUCCAAUGGGUGCUCUAACAAUUCCUUGCAGUGAAGAUGCUUUCAUCAAUCUUGUUUCUAGCUUAAAUUAAUGUCUAAUGAAUGAUGAUUAGUAUAGAUAGAUGCUAACUAUUGACAAAAAUGAUUGUUACAAUUUUUGUAUGGCAAACAAUGCCAAUACCAUCACCAUGUAAAUAUUUUUCCUUGGGGACUGAAAUAAAAAUAUCCCUGAGAAUGAUACAAAUGAAACUGCUAAAGUUUUUCUUCAAUAAAUUGUUUUAUUU